AGCUGGAGUCUCUGGCCUGACUGCGGCCUUCAUUCUGUCCAAGAACAAGAACUAUAGCAUCACCGUUGCAGCGAAGCAUAUGCCAGGAGACUAUGACAUUGAGUAUGCAUCGCCGUGGGCUGGUGCAAACUAUCUACCGUACGUUAGAACACCUGCAUACUGCCUAGCUAUCUCGACACAAUUUGUACUAGGAAGCUACUUCGAACACUUGAAGCUGACAAUGAAAGUGNUUGGCAAGGAAGGCACUCCAUCGCAAGAAUACGAGAGAAAUACAUGGCCCGAACUAGCUAGACUAGCUGAGGAGCAUCCCGAAGCUGGUAUUCACUUCCAAGCACUCGAAAAGAUGGUUAAGACCAUGUACANNGAUACCCUGAUCUAUCGAAGAGAAAAGGACAAAGGUCCUGUCGGCGAGUGGUUUGCGGAACUCAUCCGUGAAGACGCAUGGUUCAGCAAAGUUGUGCCUAAUUUCAAAGUCCUCAGCAAGGAUGAACUGCCUGAGGGCAUGGAUGGCGGUACCUCGUUUACCUCUGUCUGCAUUAACACAGCGAUCUAUCUCCCUUGGCUGGUAUCGCAGUGCCUCAAGAACGGCGUCAUCUUCAAGCGGGGUGUCGUCAAGCAUAUUGCAGAUGCCACAUCGCUUCACCACUCUGGAAAGAAGGCCGACUUGGUAGUCAACUGUACUGGGCUUUUCUCUCUCUUCAUGGGAGGAGUUCAAGACAAAAACAUGUAUCCAGCCCGUGGACAGAUCGUUCUCGUUCGCAACGAUCCAGGAUACAUGGCCACCACUUCAGGAACCGAUGAUGGAGACGAUGAGGCAGUCUAUAUCAUGCACCGUGCGGCAGGCGGUGGUUGUAUCCUGNGGGGCUGUUUGCAAGCGGAUAGAUGGGACUCGGCAGUGGACCCAAACCUUGCCAUCCGCAUCAUGAAACGUGCAAUCGCUCUAACACCUGAGCUCGUUCCCGAAGGAAAGGGUAUUGAAGCAUUGGACGUUAUCAGGCAUGGUGUAGGCUUGAGACCAAUGCGUAAGGGCGGCAUCAGAACUGAGAAGGAAACCAUCAAGGGUCCAGAUGGACUCGCGAUUAAGGUUGUGCACAGCAUUGGUCAUGGCGGAUAUGGAUACCAGACUUCAUGGGGCUGUGCUGCCGCUGUGGUUCAACUUGUCGACGAGUCUUUGAAGGAGAAGGCUCGUCUG